ACAGAAAGAGAUGGAAGAUAAACAAAGAGAGUUGGAAGGAGAAGAGAAAGAAGAAGAACAUGCCAAACUGGAAAUCUGGAAAUAUGUGUUCGGGUUUGUCGAAAUCGCGGUGGUAAAAUGUGCCAUUGAGCUUGGAAUAGCUGAUGCAAUUGAAAGCCAUGGCAGCCCCAUGACACUCCUAGAGCUAUCAUCUGCUCUAAGAUGUGAUCCUUCUCCCCUUUACCGCAUCUUGAGGGUCCUAGUCCACCUCAAAAUAUUCAAAGAAAAACCAGCAACCCAAUUAGGCCCCAAAGUUUAUGCACAAACACCUUUGUCCAAACGGCUAUUGAAAUCCGGAGAAAACAGCAUGGCUGCUUUCAUUUUGCUAGAGAGUAGCCCGGUAAUGCUGGCACCAUGGCAUGGCCUCAGUGCCCGAAUCCAAGGUGUUAGCAACCCGGCAUUCGAGGCAGUACAUGGAGAGGAUGUGUGGAGCUAUGCCGCGGCAAAUCCUAAUCACAGCAAGCUCAUCAAUGAAGCAAUGGCUUGUGAUGCAAGGGUGGCUGUGCCUGCUGUGCUUGAAAGCUGUUUAGAGGUGUUCAAAGGGCUCGAGACAAUUGUAGAUGUGGGUGGGGGUGACGGGACUACUUUGCGCUUGUUGGUCGAGGCGUGCCCUUGGAUUCGAGGCGUCAAUUUUGAUCUUCCUCAUGUUGUGUCUGUUGCUCAAGAGUGUGAUCGCAUUGAGAAUGUUGGGGGUGACAUGUUUGAUUGUGUUCCAAAGGCUGAUGCUGCAAUUAUCAUGGUAAUUAGUAUAUAUGUGAUACUCUUACUUAAUACUCAAGGAAACCUCACAAUCCAAAUAUGAAUAUUGUUAGAUCUAGGGAACAUA